AACAUGCAUAUCAAAAUAGAAAAUUUUAAAUUGAAAAAAAAUAAAAUUAAAAUUUCUGAAAUCUUUCUUGCUUGCUGAUAAUAACAUAAACAUUAUGAAUCGUACAAUUCUAUUCGUAACUUUGUUCGCAAUAAUUGCAUUAAGCUUCGAGCCAUCAAUGCAACAAAACACCAACAACAACGAUGAUCAACAAGGAAAUAAUUUAUUAAUGCGAAUGUUAAAUCGUAAUAUACAAAGAACUAAACAAGAAGUACAACGAAUGCAAAAUUCAUUAAAAAAUUCUAAUAAUCGUGGUGGUGGAGGUACAUCAAAUGCAUCAAAUCGUUUACAAAUGGUACAAAAAGAUUUAGAUAUUGUUAAAAAUAUGGGACAAAAUUUAGAACAUCGUGAUGCAAUUGAUCAAAAUAUAAUGGCAAUGUUAAAUAGUAUUGUUGAUCAAUUACAUUAUAAAGCACAACGUAUUGCAAUGGAAUCGGAUCGUUUAAAUGCACAAAAUUUUGAUCGUAAUGGUACUAAUAAUGGUGGUAAUAUUCGUGGAAAUAAUGGUAUGAAUGGUAAUCGUGGAAAUUCUAAUCAAACGCCAACAACACUGCGUCCUAUGGAUGUUAAUAAUGAUGUAGAAAUACCGAAUGAUAAUGCAAUUCAAACCGAUAAUAUUGAUUUUCAAAAUCCAUCAACAAAUCAACAAAACAAUGGUCGUCAAAAACGUUCCAGUAGUAAUAAUUUACCGCAAACAAGUUUAUCAAAAUUGAAUGAAAAUGGAAAUAUUUUUGAUUCGGAUAAACUUUCCAAUAAUAAUCCAUUACAAAAUCGUCGAAAACGUUCCAGCGAUAGUAAUAGUAAUUUACCAAACAUUAAAGAUAUUGUUAAUCUGGAUGAAAAUGGUAAUAUUUUGGAUAGUGAUAAAUUUCCAACAAGUAAUAUGUUUGGAAAAAAUCAACGUAAAAAACGUGGUGCAUUACAAGAUUUAAUUAGUGGUUUACCAUCAUUAUCAAAAUUAACUGAAAAUGGUAAUCUUUUAGAUCCAGAUACAUUACCAAAUCUUGAUGGAUUACCAAGUUUAGAUACAUUGUUACCAAAUCUAGGUGGUAAUAAACGUCGUCGUCGUCGUCGUUAAUCAAACAAAUUCAUUUUACAAAUUCACAAAAAAAUUACAAGCAACAAAAUUACAACUACUUAUAAUCGCUAAUCAAAUUAAUUUUUAUCAUUAUUUUCAGCAUUGAAUUAUU